CGAACAGAUGUAGCGCGUGCACUAGCAUCACAUUCACCGUCAAAUCGUUGAUGAAGAAAGAAAAACAAUCGCUCAUUUUUGCCUCAAAAACACACUUUACAACCGCAAUCGUUUGUUCUCAUGCGGUGAAACGACAUCUGGGGUGUCAACUGAGUAUAAAAGUGUCGAAUGAAUUAAAUAAACGUCUUGUUUGUGUUAGCUAGCUAAUCUGCUAACAUGCUAGCCACCUCGCUAGCCAGUUCUUUGUGAACAAGGCAAGUGUCCAUCCCACGGCCACGCCCCCUCUCUCCCCGUGAUACGUCAUACGUAAGCUGUAUCUGUCCUCCAUCUGGAUUCUCAUUGGCUGAACGGAGUUCUACCCGCACGUCUUUUCAUGAAUAUGCAAAUUGCAGCAGGCGUCAGGCUAGUGUGUGCUGCUACCAAACAGCGAGCUAGGCUAGUUAGAGAGAGCAGAGGCACAGAGAGAGAGAACGAGGCAAAACAGAUAAGAGAAAGAGGAGAAAGAAGGAAGAGAGGGAGAGAAAGAGAAAGUGUGUGUGUUUACAAGAGGGGAAAAAGAGGUGGAUUCCGCCAUGAUUGUGUGUUUUUAGGGCUGGCGAUGAAAUUGAGUAGCCAUGGCCAUGUCUCUGAGUGCAGACGAUGAAGAUUACGACUCGGACACAGCCGAACAGGGCGACAGAUGGAGAUGAGGUUUCGGUUAGAUGUUUCUGGAGGUGUGAGACAGCAAAGGCCAGCCAACAGGCCCAAACCCAAGAUGGCGUCCACACCCACAGCGUCCACGCCCACCACGUCGACAUCCUCGUCGUCAGCGGGGGGCGUGGUGAAGCUGCCGUCCAAUAGGAGCUCGUCGGGGGCGCGGCGCAGACGCACACGCUGCAGGAAGUGUGAGGCGUGUGUGAGGAGCGAGUGUGGAGAGUGUCACUUCUGUAAGGACAUGAAGAAGUUCGGGGGACCAGGACGCAUGAAACAGUCCUGCAUCAUGAGGCAGUGUAUCGCUCCCGUUCUGCCCCACACCGCGGUGUGUGUGGUGUGUGGAGAAGCCGGUAAAGAGGACACGCUGGACGAUGAGGAGGAGAAAUUUAACGCCAUGCUGAUGGAGUGCUCCAUCUGCAACGAGAUCGUCCACCCUAACUGCCUAAAGGUGAAGGACGCAGCAGGGGUAGUGAACGACGAGCUCCCUAACUGCUGGGAGUGUCCCAAAUGUAACUACGCAGGGAAGACUGGGAAAGCCUGCAAGCAAAAACGAGGCCCAGGAUUUAAGUACGCGUCCAACCUGCCGGGCUCGCUGCUGCGGGAGCAGAAAUCCACGCGGGACGGCAAGGACGAAGGCGAGCGCAGGCGGGCCGAGAGGGACGACGCCCCCAGGAUGCCCUGUGAGGACACGCCCACGCUGCUGCUGCCCAGAGACGUGCCCCGCCCCCGACCCGACAUGCCCAACUUCCUCAGGAAGAAGAAGAAACUGUUUGAUGAUGACGAUGAGGAAGAGGACGCUAGUGCAAAGAAGAAGCUGAAGAAGCCGUGGAAGCCGGAGGAGUCGUUACUGCCGAAGAUGUCCUCGAUGAAGAUGGAGGAGGAGGAGCAGUCAGAGGCAGAGGAGGAGAAAGAAGAGGAGAACAAACAGCCAUCACGCGGCACAAACAGGAAAGAGUUUGCGUCUGUGAGGAAACAGGAGGAGGAGAGGGACGAGGACGAGGACGACACAAACAAGUUUGUGAAGGAGGAGGAGGAGGAGGAUGAAGGCAGCGAGCUGCAGGAGCGAGUGCAGAGAGCACAGCGGGCUAAACGAGCGCAGCGCAGGAGGACGGGACGGAACGAUCACUCGCUCGCUAACGAGAACCUGCAGCCUGACGACAGCGAGAACGACGAGAACGACAAGAAAAACUUCCGGAACGGAGAGAACGGAGAGAGAGCGCACCUGCGGGCCCGCGAGAUGAACGGUGCAUCAUGGGAGUUGCGCCAUUUUUACCCGUCUCAGAUCGUACCAUUGGGUCUGAACCGUAUCCCCCCGCCCAUCCGCCCGCCGCCCCCCCGCUCACCACCCAAAUGUGUUCAGAUGGAGCGUCACGUGAUCCGCCCUCCCCCCAUCUGCCCUCCUCCUGAUAGGCUGCCGCUGGCCGAUGGGCGGAGCCACGUGGUGCAGCGUGAAGUCUGGUUGGCCAUUUUCAGUCACCUGAGUCACCGUGAGCUGUGUGUGUGCAUGCGGGUGUGUCGCACCUGGAACCGCUGGUGCUGCGAUAAGCAUCUGUGGACGAAGAUCAACGUGAGCCGCUGUAAAUCCAUCACCCCUCUGAUGCUGAGUGGAAUAAUCCGGAGACAGCCAAUCAUGCUGGACCUCAGCUGGACCAACAUCUCCAAGAAGCAGCUGAGCUGGCUCAUCAACAGACUGCCCGGUCUGCGUGUGUUGAUCCUGUCCGGUUGUUCCUGGGCGGCUGUCUCCGCUCUCUGUACGUCCAGUUGUCCUCUUCUGCGCUCUCUGGACCUGCAGUGGGUGGAAGGACUGAGAGAUACACAGAUUAAAGACCUGCUGUCUCCACCGACAGACAACAGGCCAGGUCAGAUGGACACUCGGAGUAAGCUGCGGAACGUUCUGGAUCUGCGUCUCUCGGGGUUGGACAUCACGGACGUGUCUCUGCGUCUCAUCAUCAAAAACAUGCCGCUGUUAAAACACCUGGAUCUGAGUUACUGUAACCACGUCAACGACCAGAGCGUCAACCUGCUGACCGCCGCCGGGACGACCACCCGCGACUCUCUCACUGACAUCAACCUGUCAGUGUGUAACAGGAUAACGGAUCAGUCCCUGAGCUACUUUAAGCGCUGUGCGAGUAUCUGCCGUAUCGACCUGCGCUUCUGUAAGCAGGUGAGCAGGCAGGCGUGCGAGCGCUUCAUCGCCGAGAUGUCGGUCAGCGUGUCGUUCGGCCUGAAGGAGGAGAAACUGCUGCAGAAGCUCAGCUAACACACACACACACACACACACACACACACACUCUGACAAGGUGAACAUGCUAACACGGGACAUUAAAGCAUGUUUUGUACAAUAAAAUAUGUAUUUAAAUAAAGACGCAGGAAUGGAGGUCAUGCGCACACACACACACACACACACACACACACACACACACACACACACACAGUCAUCGUGUUGCUAUUGGAAACAUGUAGCUGCUCAUCGUGUGUGAUAUUUCGGUUUAAUAUCAUUUGGUGGGUUUUAUAAUCUCUAUAUAAUGGAAUUUUUAUAUGUUUGUCGUCUCGGUGUUAGAUGUGUGCCGACGUUCCACUUCCAUAUCGCCAUGGUUACAGCAUUUAAUCAUGCAAAUACAUCACGCUUCAGUUAUCACACUCAGCAGGGGCGGAGCUUAAAUUCAGUCUGAUCAGCCAAUCACGUGACAUCACCACUAGCCUUUCUUUCUGUGAUCCGUUAAUGAUUAACUGAUGGAGUUGAAACUAAGCUCCGCCCUUCCCGGGGUUCUGCGCUCCGGGGCGAGUGAUCCUGAAGCGUCCGCGAUAGCGACGUCGUGUCUGGGGUUCGGAUCGGCGCAGGUCUAGUCUCGUUCUCCAGACGCAGAUUUUCAGUUCGUGUGUUCAUCUCAGCUCUGCGGAAAACGUCCGAUUUGUUUUUCAAAUCAGUGCCAUACUUUCACAUUUCAUACCUCAUGUCUCUCUUUUAGAAAUUAAAUCAAAGCUAAAAAAAAAAAAAAAAAAGAACCUUAUUUAUACAUUCGGAUGAAUUCAUUUGAGUUCCACUUUCUGUGAGUACGUAAAGGAAACGUACAGACGCACAUGUUCCCGUUCGCCGAGAUGGACUUCAGGCUACAGACGCACAUUCCACUCGGCUGAUCGACUGCAUUUGGGACGUUUUAUUUUCCGGUGAACCGUCCUGCAGUUUUCACUCAUCACUGUAUUAAAUACACUCAUCAUUACGAGGAGAAACUUUACAGCAUUGUUCACCAACUGAAACACUUCUGUGUAAAUUUGGCUAUUUAUAUUUGUACGCAGUAAUAAAAGAAGAAAAGAACA